AUGCUCUUCGCUCCAGCCCUAUUCCCCAAGGACUCCAGCAUAUAUGAACUACGAGGCGAAGGAUCCCAGAUUGCUGACAUGAUAUCGACGAAAAGAUAUGUUGAACUCCUGAAGCAGCUGACAGAUGUGGGCACAGUAACAAGGGAAAUGUUCACAGAGAAGUUCAAAAGGAUGAAGAGCUGUAAGGAAACCUACUUCAUCACCGUCAUGGAAGACUUGACGACAGGGAAAAUCAUUGGAUCUGGGUCAUUGGUCCUGGAAGAGAAGUUCAUUCAUUCCUGUGCCUCAAGAGGCCGAAUAGAAGAUAUUGUGGUGGAUUCCAGCUAUAGAGGGAAACAACUUGGAAAGUAUAUUGUGAUGCUACUGACUGGAAUAGCCAAGAAGCUGAAGUGCUACAAGAUCACACUAGACUGCAGAGAUCAAAUGGUGCCCUUCUAUGAGAGCCUUGGUUACAAGAAGGAGCCAGGGAAUGCAAAUUAUAUGACUGUUAGGAUUUCAGAUUGAGAUCAGGCAGAGGAAUAUCUUAAUUUCCUUCAAUGCAGUUCCAUCAUUCUUGCAUCAAGAGAUGAAGCAAGAGUCAUGAUUAAUAGUUGCAAUUUUAAAAGUUACCAGUGAUAUUACAUGGUUACUAUUAUACCUUACUGUUAUAUUCUAUAAGUUGCACAAUUUUUUAUCACUUAUGUAAUUAUGAAUGCCUUGAUUUGUAAUUUCCUUUCAGAUAUUUUUCUCCACAUUAAUUGAACAUUCCGGAACAAAACUACCUCGUUCCUUCUAUACUGUUCCUGAUUUAUUUGUUUCUGGUUGAUC